AUGUAUUCUGAUGAAUGGGAGCUUGUAAUCGAGUCUGGAGAUGAACCAACGGCCUGUAGUAAUCGUCGGACCCUUGUCCUGGCGAAUCACCAGAGUACUGCUGAUGUGCCCAUGCUGAUGACUGCUUGGAACCCUCGGCCGGGAGUACUCUCCAACCUGAUGUGGAUCAUGGACAGGGUUUUUAAGUUCACCAACUUCGGCAUCGUCAGCGUUCUGCAUAAGGACUUCUUUAUACAAGCGGUGAGUUUUUUCACUUAA